AUGUCUAACUCCACAGCUUGUUGUGCUUUUCAGUCCCCUAUUUUAAUAAGAGUCAUACCCCCUAUACUUCUCAUGGAAUUUAUCUGCGGUAUCACAGGGAACAUUCUGGCCCUCGUCAUGUUUGCCUUUGAGGUGAAGACCUGGAAGCCAAACUCCAUCUACCUGGCAAAUAUGGCUACUGCUGACUUAGUGGUCCUCAUCUUCAUGCCGUUCAGAGCCGACUACUACAUCAGGGGCCAGCACUGGAUAUUCGGAGAUGCUUUGUGUCGCAUCAUGCUUUGUCUUGUUUCAGCCAACAGGGCUGCCAGCAUCUUCUUCCUCACUGCUGUGGCUGUGGACCGCUACCUGAAGAUUGUGCACCCACUACAUCCUAUAAAUAAGAUGAAUGUGAGGUACGCAGUGUGGGUCUCUGUAGGCAUAUGGGCUAUGGUUAUAAUUUUUACAGGUGAUUUGCUGGGCUCUCCACACUUUUUUAGUGGCGACAACCACACUCAGUGUGAGAGCUUCAACAUUUGCUUUGACCAUGGUCUGCUUUAUAUCCGACAAAAUACUUUCUAUGUGAUCCAAUUCUGUGUGCCAGGUAGCAUCAUUAUUUUCUGCACAGCCUGCAUUACAUGGCAGCUAAAAACGAAAACGGUGGACACCACAGGCAAGGUCAACCGGGCCAUCCACUUCAUUUUUAUCGUUGUUGUGGUCUUUUUCUUUUGCUUUUUUCCAAGCACUGCCUUACGAGUUGGUGUUUGGAUCCUGCAGAUUUGGCACCAUGAGUGUUCAUACUACAGUGAGACAAAUACAGUUUUUUAUGUAUUACUUUGCUUCACCUAUUUCAAUAGUGUGCUCAAUCCUCUGAUUUACUACUUCUCUAGUCCUGCAUAUAGUGGGACCCUGCAGAGAGUUUUAAAGAGACUUACAGGGCAAAAAGAAGAGAUAGUGGCAGAGAACAGAAGUGUACCCACAGUAAUAAGCAAUUGA